UGAGCUGUAUUUUUUAAAUACAUAAUAGAAUCAAUUUAUACUUUUAAUCGCGGUCGUCGGAAAAUAAAUCUGUUUAAAGUACUGCAUUUAUCACGAUUAUCAGAUUUGCCAUCAUAUUUCAUUAAUUUUGCAAAAUGUAAUAAAUUAUUUAAAGUAUCAGCCUUGACACGCUAGGUUUGCUUUAUCGCAGCAACACAGCAACUUUCUACGCAAAGCGAUAAAAUCAACGUGAUUCUGAUCAAACAACAGUAUAAAGCAGCACACCGUAGAAGAAGCAUUAUCAAGAGAAUAGUUCUGUGUGUGAAAUAUUCUGUAAGCAGUGAACGUCAAAGAAGCAUUGACAAAACCGUGGAUUUUGGUCUACGUCACGAUGUUAGAUACUUCACAGCAUAGGCGACAUAGAGUGAAGAAGAUUACAGUGAAUCAUGUAGAAGCCUCGAAAAGGAUGAGAAAAGAAUUAUUCGACCAUGCUAAUAUCAAAUUGUACAAUCGGUCGGUGGUAAAGAGUAAAAAAGUGACUGCUCUACAACUCUUGCGAGAAUAUCUGCCUAUCAGUUCGGUGCAUGGCAUGCAGUACUUCAGUAAAUUGCAAAUAAAAUCCAGCAUUAUCGGAAAGAUCUUCUGGACUUUAAUUAUGAUUUGCAGUUUUGUGUUCUUAGCUUUGAUGCUUCAUAAAUUCUGGGUGCGUUACAGCACUAAUCCAACCCGCAGCAUUAUUCGGUCGUUUCACACGCCAAUAUUUAGGGCCCCUUUCCCAGCUCUGACUAUUUGUCCAUUAAUACCACCGAAGGCUGCAAGACGCAGAAAAGUAUUUGAAAGUUUACAUAUACCGCACAAUAUGACUAACAACACAGCGAGAUUCCUAGUUAGAUACGGACCCGCAUUUGCGAAUGAGAAUGCUCCUGGUGGUAAGACGCAUGUGGACGAGUUGAAAUUACUGUUAAAGACAAAUAAUAUGACGCUGGUAGAUUUAGUAAGAGCUUUGCGACCUUGCGAAGACAUAUUCGAUUUUUGUAGUUGGAACGACGAUGAGAAAGAUUGCAGCGAACUGUUCAAAGUAUCUUACACUUUCGCAGGUAUAUGUUGUUCUUUCAAUUAUCUUCUCGAAGAUUACAUAAAAAAUGGCAGUAAGGCCACUGCAGAUUUCGACGAUCUUCUCACAACUCCUUUCUACGGAGCAAGAUCCGGUCUUAAGGUUAUUUUAAAUCGAGAUUUUUUGGUCGAGGAUGGGGAUGACACGGAAGAAAAAUACGUCAAAUAUUCAACAAAUUCCGUCGGUCUUGUGAUGUUCCCUCAUCAUCCUCUGGAAUAUGUCACCACUAUAGCUACUAGACAAAUUCUGCAAACAGAGCAAGAAUUACAGAUCUCCAUAAUUCCGUCUGUCAAGAAAAAACUGUCCGGGUAUUAUAAACGAAAUUCUAUCGGUAAAUGGGUUCCAAAAUGCGCAGACAAGAAAACUGAACUGAAGUAUUUUCCUGUAUAUCAAUAUUCCAACUGCUUUAUCAGCUGCUCUAUAGAGGCUGUUCUCCAAGCCUGUGGUUGUGUGCCACAUUACUACACGCCUAUAGCUCAUAAAUAUUCUUUCAGAAUUUGUGACUGGGAAGAUUUCGAGUGUCUUUACAGGAACGCUAACAAUAUACGGGUCAUUCAAAAUGUUUUUACAGAAAAUUUCACGUGUGAAUGUUUAACUCCAUGCUGGAACGUAAUAUACGAGCUACGAACUUCCAUGCUUGUUUUAAAUGGUGAUCACUAUUUCAAUUCCCCGAUGUACCGAAAUCUUUCAAAAGCUCAGUCUGUUUUAAAAGUAUUUAUGAGAUCCGAGACAUUUAUAGAAAUGGAUACAAUCCCGGUUGCUGACGAAUUAUAUUUGCUAGCAUCGCUGGGUGGCAUAUUUAGUCUUUUCUUGGGAUGCAGCUUCAUAAGUGCCAUCGAGAUUUUUUACUUUGUAGGAUUAUUUUUUCGUACCAAGUCCAAGAAAUCAAAAUAAUCGUCGAUCAGAAGUUUCACGCCGAUAUAUUAAACAGCGAUUGUUUGCAAUAUAUUAAACAAUAUUUGUGUAAUUAAGAUUGUAAAUUUUUAACAAUAUAAUUGGAUGUCCGAUCGCAUUAGAAGGAUUGAUUAAAUGGGAUACUUGUUGGCAUUGCUACACCGGCAUCUUUCGGGACACCGGGUGUGCGGAUGCCACGUCGAGCAACUACGAAUCUGGAGCGAUUAGAUCUAUUUCGAGCGGUUACUGGAGCGCUGCCGUAACAUUUAAGUCCACGCCCGUGAAAAUGUUUACUAUACGACGAGUGUCCUAUGCUACCGCGCGCGGGCGAUCUUCAGAACGAAAUCGUGUAACAAAUGACCCACACAAGUUAUGUUGCGACUUCUGGCCCUUCUUCAGGGUGUCGUUCAAUCGGUUAUGUAACUUGACACGCACUUAAUUUUCGUACUCGUGUAUCUCGUUUAAUUUGUGCAUUUCGUCAUCCGCACCUGCACGCACCUGUCCGUUAAUGUUGGCAAUAAUAUAAGAAACAUUUGAAAUAGUCACAUGGAAA